AUGGCCGCCAACAUGGCCGAGCUUAUGUCCUUGCUUAGGAACCCGAAUCGUGCCUCCUCGAGUCCUACUCCACAUCCAGGGCAGGGAUCGACGUCCAACCCGGCUCCACAGGUCCCGCCAACUCAUGCUCCGGAGGGUGAUAGCGCACCCGCUCCACCAACGAUGCACGCACCGGUGAUUCAUCCAGCAAAUGCUUCCUUGCCACCACCACUCGCUCCAGCAGCUAUUCCUUUCCCGCCUGCAGCAUUCCUGGCUCUAGACCAGGCCAUGGCUCCAUCACCUCCCACAUCCAUACUAGUUCCAACUCUGAUUUAUAUCGCUCCUCAACCAAUGGCUACACCAACGUCAAUGGCCUUUGCUCCUGUUCAUACUGCGGAGUCCUUUCCUUACCAAGCACCACAUACAAAUACAAGCCUCCCUUGCUAA